AUGGAAUGUUUCUUCUGUAUCCAGCAUGCAUGGGAUGUUCUGAAAAGCGGCUGCUUUCAGGCGAGACUUGUCAUCAUGGGACGUUUCUUCUGUCACCAAUAUGGCAGGAUGUUUCAUGAUGCGGUUUUCAACCAAGACAUCUCAUCAUGGGAUGUUUCUUCCGUAACUGACAUGGGGUACAUGUUCCAGCUCGCAACAGCCUUCAAUCAAGACUUGUCAUCAUGGGAUGUUUCUUCCGUCACCAAUAUGCGAUGGAUGUUCCAGGGCGCAUCGGCUUUUAAUCAAGACUUGUCAGGAUGGGACGUUUCUUCUGUAACUGAUAUGGGGCACAUGUUCCACACCGCAGAAUCCUUCAACGGAGACAUAUCCUCAUGGGAUGUUCGCUCCUGUCGAAACAUGCUUGCGAUGUUCCUUGGAGCAACUUCCUUCAAUAGUAACCUGUGUCCGUGGGGCACACGCCUUCCGAGCAAUGCCAAAGUCAGUGCUAUGCUUUUCAGCAUUAGCUGCCCCUCAAAAUCCAGCCCAGACCUGUCUUCCAAUCCACCAGGACCAUUUUGCCACUUUUGUAUAUAG